AUGGCACCAGAUAUAUCGAAAGUCCAGCCAAAAUCGGUAACAGAAAACGAUCUUGAGCACUUUCGGCAGGAAUGGCGUGCAGAAGUCGAACUCAGAAAGACUCUUGCGCAGCAGCCCGAUGAUCAUUCGGACCAGGCUUCUAAUGCAAAUAAUAACACACUGCGUGAGGACGAUUCGACACAAACUACAAUUUCGAGGCUUGAGAAUGUAGAGCAUUUUUUCCGGCGGUUGAGCUUGAGUGAACAGUUCAACAGAGAAACGAGCGAAGAGCGGGAAAUUCCCCAGCAAGAGGUGGAAUAUGAUAAUGCUGGAUUACCGGGGUUGAAUCAGCAGAACGCCCUGUCUGAGAAGAAAGAGGAAAUAGAGCGUGAUGAUGUUCCCAGGACUGCAUUGGAAUAUUAUGUCCGUGCUGUUGCUGAUGAACGAGAGGGAAACUUGAAUGAAGCGAUAAAGAACUAUAGCAAAGCGACAACGCUUGACCCCGACGUCGAACAUAUCUAUCGUAACCACUUUAAUGUUGAGCCUCGUGAUUCUCAACUUGAGAGUCAGUCGCUAUCUACCCAAAAUUUAGUUCAAUUAGACAGCAAUUCGCUCCUGCCCCCUGGACGCAGCACUGAUGAGCACGGCUCUGCCUCUUCAACAUACACGAAUAUGACUUUGCUCCUUAAUUCCUUCCAUGAAGACUCGUUAGACUAUAUUCCUCUCAAGCCCAAUCGUAAAGUGCAUAUAGCCAAAUUACCUAACGAAUUAAUAGUAGCUAUUUUGAAAGCCCUGAUUUUUGAAGAUGUGAGGGGUGUUACAAGGUGUGCAUUGGUGUGCAAGAAGUUCUGCUUGCUAUCGUAUGAGAAUUCGGUGUGGCGAUUCCUGUGUGAGGUUGCACAUCGCGGGUGGAACUUAUCUCUUACUGCGUCUAAUCUGAUGUUAAAGAAUGAAGUGUUGAACUAUAACAACAAUUGGAGAAGAAUGUUUAUUGAAAGACCUAGAAUACGAUAUGAUGGGGUAUACAUAUCCAGAUGCGCAUAUCCAAGAGCGGGUUCUGAUGAAAAUGCCUGGACUCAACCGAUUCAUGUUGUAAUAUAUCAUCGAUUUCUAAGGUUCUAUGCGGACGGUAGUUGCACUAGUUUGCUGACUACCAAAGAACCGAAAUCGGUUGUCUACACAUUAGGACCUAACUUCAAGUCAAAACAGCUCAUGGCGGGCCAGUGGGUAUUAGAUGUCGAGAGUCAUAUUGUUAGCAUUGAACUUAGAGAUUUGGAUCUCCCAAACCACACGUUUUACAUGACGUUGGAGCUAGAAUCGACACAUCGUGGUAAACAUAACAAGUUACUAUUGCAUGAGUAUACGUGUGUUAAUAAUCUGACCAAUAGUGGAGAUAAUGUGAAAAUGGGCCGUGAGAGACCGUUUUUCUUCAGCAGGGUCGCCACAUAUCCUGUUGGAUGGUAA